CAAAGUGGUAAGCUUGAAAAUUCUCCAUAUGUGUUUUGAUCUAAAAUAACAUAAGAUUUAAAACUUGUUCCCAAGUAAAUAGUGAAUACACAGAAAUUUUAGAGUCUAUUACGAACAUUCAAACAAUUAUACUCACCUCUUUUAACAAAAUACAUGCGUUUUCUUUUUAUGUGGUUGUCCUAGCUAGUAAUAAUGCAUCUCCAACUGCACUCCAAAUUUUACUCCAAAAUUGAAAAAAUGAGGUGAAAAAUGGAGUAUUGAAUAAAAAAUAAAAGGAUUACUCCAUUUAUAGUAAUUUAAAUACACCCGGAAGAAAUAAUAUUCCAGAUUUCCAAAAACUAAAAAUAUUAUAAUAUGUAGAUAUUACUUUAAGAAUACAAUUCUUACUUUAAGAACUACCUAUAUAAGUGUCCAUGUUCUAACAUUAGUCUUGAGCAUCGAGCCAUACAGUUUUGUGAGGUCCUCUACCCUUCGAUCAAUCCAUCUUAAAUUACACGUUUCUCCCUUGUUUUCUUGAGAAGAAAGCUACCCCUUUUCUAAGCAUACGCUUUAAAAGCUCUCAAGGUUUCAGUGAUGGUGAAUCGUGGUAAUUCAGUCACACUUUUGUCUGGUUUUCUUAUAAUUCUUCUGGUGAUACAACUACACUUUGAUCCCACGACGGCAGCUCGACAUGCACCUGUUAUUUCCUGGUCACCACCUGAGCCGCCUAAAGAUGAUUUUGUGUGGUACCACAAGAUCAACCGCUUCAAGAACAUAGAACAAGAUGCGUUCAGGCCAACUCACCAAGGUCCUAGUCAAGGUAUUGGACACAAGAGCCCUCCUGGUGUGUCUUAAAAUACACAUUUGGUUCUGAAGAGAGUUCGUGUUUGUUUUUGAUAUUUUGUGUGCCGUUUUACGUUGGGUAAAAGAAAAGAAGAAGAAAAAAGAGAGAAGAAGUUGCAUACCAGUUUCUUGUGGGGAGUAUAGGAGUGAAUCGAACAAGAAAAUGACUUCAGAGUGUUUUUUUUUUAAUAAGUGAUACUUUGUCCUUUACGAAAAGGCCAUGAAGAUAUCUCUUGGUUGCUUAUAGUAUAUUUUGGGUGUUUUUGUUCUAUGAAGAGACUUGAGAUUUCCUCUCUUUUUUAGUAAAUGUAUAUUUUCUCAGUUUAAAAUAAAAUUAAUGGGGGUAUUCCAAGUUAAUCAAAAGCAAAUUUAAUGAUUGUUGGCAUAAUUUUAUCAUCUAUCAAACAGUUAGAUAUUUGUUUUAACUAAAUUUUAUAGUUACAGAUAUGAACAUGAAAUUUUAAAUAUUUUUGAUCAUAUAUAGUAAUUAUUGUGAACAAACGCAAAUCAAACUCUAAGAAAAUAAUAAUGUUUAGAGCAAAAAUACUAACGAGGCAGAUACAUGAUUUAGAGUUUUUAUUGAUCAUGUGAAUUAAUAAUUUAUUAAUUUAUAAUAAUCUAGACCCAUAUUUAUACAUCCUCAAAAUUUGAUAUUUUUUCUUUAAAAAAAAUUCAUUAUCAAAUAAAUGCAGUUUCCCUAAUUCUAAGAAAAUAUACCUUACCGCAAAAUGUUUUUUUGCUUGUGUAUCUAUAUUAUUAAAAUUGAAAUACAAAUAUAAACUGACCUUUUAAAUAAUAUUUUAUUUACAUACUAAUGCUACUGAAAAUUAUCAUAUCUUAAAUUUUGGCAUUUAUUAUUUUUUCUCAAUUAAAAAACAUUGCUAAAUUGAUUUCUAAACUAAUUAAUGUUGAAACUUUCCAAAUGUUUCUCAAUUUAAAUGAAAUUUUCGAAAAUUGAUAUUUUUAUUGUUGUAUAUAAGAAAUAUUCUGUGAAAAAGGUAACACUCAAAACCUAAAAUACACAAAUUAGUAUAUGCUAAAUUUAAAAUAACAAAAUAAUUUAAAAUUUGAUCUAGAUCAAAACCUCAACUCCAUUAAUAACAGACCUUCUCCAGAAUUACAAUAAUCUAAACCAUAUAUUAAAUAAAAUUUUUUUUGGAAUUAAUAAAUUUAUUUUCGGAAAUUUUCCAUAUUCGAUUAAUUUGGAAAAACAUUGUGAUAAAUAUCAUUUAUAUUUUUUCAUUAGCUACAUUUUCCACAUUAAGCAAAUGAAUAAUAUUAUUUAUGGUAUUUUAGUCCACUCCUCAUUAUUUAUUACUAAUAAAUAAAACUGUAAAGCCUCAUGUAAAUAAUCAAUUUUGUAAUAUAUAUAUAAUACAAAAUGCUGUUUAAAAAUGUUAUCUCAUAUAUAUUUUAUAUAAAUAUUAGUCCAAUGCAAAUCAAUAAGACAAAUCUAUAAUAAUAAACAACUAAUACAAUUGACGGUUAGAUAUAAUAAAUAAAAUUACUGCAUAUAAACACCAAAUUUUCUUUUUGAAUAGAUGUUAUAUUACCUAUAAAUUUAAUACGUACGGGUAAUAUAGAUUACCAUAAUUAUAUUAAAAUAUUGAUUUAUAUAAUUGUAAAACAAACAUCCACACAGGUUAAUUUUAGUUGAGAUUUAAAAUCACUGCAAAAUUAAAUUGCUAAACUGUAUUUGUCCCAAAUUAUUGAUGUUACGUACAAAGAUGCUUUUUUUAUUAACCUACAAAGAUGCUUUCACGGAUAAAUUAAUCAGUUUAUAAUCUAUUUUCCUAAACUAUGACCUCAUUCUAUAUAUUUUGAAAAUAUAGUUUAAGAUCUAUUUUCCCACGAAUUAAAAGUUUAACACUCAUUUUUCCAUAAAAUUAAUGUUCGAAAUCUGAAAACCCAUAGAUCACAAUUAACAUAGGUUUACUGAUUAGAAAUCAAACCGACACAAUGUAAAGUUGAAACUAAACUGAAUCAAAACCCAAUUAAAAUCAAAAUACAUUUAACAAGACCAGAAUCGUCGGUUUAAUAUCCAGACCAAAUUAUAUUCCU